AUGACAGCACAACUGGAUCAUAAAGAGAUCCGCACCUCCAUCUCUCCAAGCAGUUCCAGCACCCUUUACAGUCUCAAUGUGACUAAUGACUCGAGCCUAUUUUACCCAUCUCGUACCUUGACUGUCGAUGCCCGAGGUAUCAAUGCCUUUCGUCUACCACUUCCCCCGAGCCAAACCGAAAUCGCAAUCACCCUUCCGGACGGCAAUAUUGGUUAUGUUUCCAGCCGCAAUCGUCGAUGGUCUGGAAAUAGUGUCCUAUCUCAACCUCAGAUUGGAGACUUGAUCCGCACCGAGUAUUUUUUCGGCCCGAACCGAGACCCCAUUCUUUAUUUGUUGCAAACUUGCAGCGUCACACCCGAGGAAUUGAAAGUGACUGGGAAAUGGACUUCACGAUCCGCUCGUUUCACAAUGCCCACCGGGACUACGUAUGAAUGGGCAUAUGCAAAGCAAAAGAGAUCUGAUGGCCAGAAAUUGAAGUUGAUUGUUCUUCAUGCGAUCUCCAAAGAAGACAGCAAUGAAAAGGAAUUCCAGACUCGGCGUGUUGCGCAGUUAGUACGAAGCUCGGACACUCGGACGCCUGGAACGUCUUCAUGUUCUGCAGGUAACGGUGGUGAAUUGCAGAUCGAUGAAGGAGCGUUGCUUACGCUGCAGCUUGAUGAGUCAAUUGUCGUGGCAACAUGCCUAGUCAUGCUAAAGCGAGAGAUUGACCGACGCCGUGUCAUGCAGGCUGCAGCAAUCGGGGGCGCAGGUGGCGGUGCUUGA